AUGGGCUCUCUUCUGGACGACGGUAGAAGUUUCGACUUCAUCGUUUGUGGCGGAGGCACUACCGGAUGGACCAACAACCUCGACGGGCCAGAGGAUUGGAAUAUUAUAUCAGAGAAGGGUUCUGGUAUCAAUAACCGGCAAGUGAAGCUUAGCAGAGGCAAAUUCCUCGGCGGGUCUUCCGGAUUAAAUGGUACUCUCUGCAUUAAAGGCUCCAAGCAGGACUACAAUGACUGGGGCCUCGAAGGAUGGAGCGGCGACGAGUUCUUCAGAUAUAUGGAAAAGGCCGAGACAUUCCACAACAAGCCUUGGUUCAAAACUCACAGCAAGUCUCACGGCUACCAAGGACCGCUCCACACCGAGCCCCAUGACCUAGCACCCAUCUCAAAUCUCGUGCUCGAGUCCAUGGUCUCCAAAGGGCUCCCACUCGAUGAUGACAUGUUCUCACACGGAGAGAAUCCCCAUGGCUGUGGACACGCCCCUCGAACAGUACAUUUGGGGACCCGCACCACAGGAGCCGACUUCAUUACCAAGACUCACCGCAAGGACAACGUCGUCAUACUCACAGAGACAUACGUCGACAAGGUCCUUUUCCAAGACGUGAAGGGUGAACACGUAGCCACGGGCGUGCGGGCGGUGGGCGCAGACGGCGUGCCCUUCGACCUGACGGCGACCAAGGAGGUCAUCAUCAGCGGCGGGGCAUACUGCAGUCCUAACAUCCUGCAGAGGUCUGGCAUCGGAGCCAAGGACCAGCUCGCUGCUCUGAACAUCCCAAGUAUCGUCGACCUGCCAGGAGUGGGCAAAAACCUCAUGGACCAUCUCAUCGUCUUCAUAUUCUACGAGGUGUCCAAGCCGGGCCUGACCAAUGACCACCUGGCGUACCACGACGAUGCCCUCGCCAAGUCGUACAAGCUCUGGAAGGAGAGCAAGGCCGGCUUCCUGUCGAGCUUCCCGUUUGGCUCUUUCGGGUUCGCCCGGCUGGAUGACAGGCUGGCUGACUCCCAAUUGUGGAACUCUGCCCCCAGGACCGCUGGCCGUGACCCUAUGGGGCUCACGCCAAAGCAGCCGAAUAUCGAGUUCUUCCACACAGAGUGCUACGGUGGGCCGAAGCAAUUCGAUCAGUUUCCUGUCGACCACAAGCAUGCGUUCGCCAUGAUCGCGGAACUUUUUUCGCCACGGUCCCGGGGCACGGUGGAACUGCAGAGCGCAAAUCCCCUGGACGGGCCAAAGGUGGAUUGUGGAUAUCUUCAGGAUCCGUUGGACCUUGAGGUCCUUGCAGAGGCUUGUCGAUUCGGAAAUGAGAUCAUAGUUGUAGUGGAUGAGAAGCUCAGGGUCAAGGGCGUGACAAACUUGCGAGUCGCGGACGUCAGUAUAAUGCCCACAUUGCACGGAGGGCAUACCCAGAUGCCGGCCUACGGAAUCGGUGAGAAGGCUGCGGACCUCAUCAAGGAGGAAUGGAGGCUGAAGAGCGAUGGUUAG